AGCAAUAUCAGAUCUCUCCUGACAACCCAUUUACUUUCAAGUUCUGUAAGUAGUAUAUCAUCACUAGCUAGCUUGUAAAACCAAGCACCAAAACUAAUCAUAGAAAUCAUGGCCUUCAAAUCCAAUAUGUUCUUUGCUCUCAGUGUUGCCCUCACAACGCUCCUCCUUGGUGCUCAUGCUGCUGAUCCAGAUAUAACCUCUGAUUACUUGGUUCCCACCGGUGUGAAUCCAGAUGCCAAAUUCUUCACUUUCACUGGACUAAGAAACAUAUUAUGGAGUAGAAAUACACCAUCAAACGUGACAUUUAAAGUUACAAAAGUAACCAACGAUGAGUUCCCAGCACUCAAUGGCCAGAGUGUCUCUUAUGCUCUGUUACAAUACGGCCCGGGUGGACUUAAUGUUCCACAUACUCAUCCUCGUUCAGCUGAGCUCUUGAUAGUAUUACAAGGGUGCCUCAAAGUUGGCGUAGUGGAUUCAACCAACAAGCUCUUCACUCAGAUCCUUCAAACUGGUGAUAUCUUUGUUUUCCCAAAGGGAUUGGUGCACUUUCAGGUCAACUUGGACCGCAAGUACCCUGCUUUGGCCUUGGCAUCUUUUGGCAGUGCAAAUGCCGGCACUAUCCAACUGGCAAGAGCCUUGUUCACCAGCGGCAUUGACAAUGCUGUGCUUGCACAGUCAUUCAAGGUUGAUUCAAACACUAUCCAAAAGAUUGUCUCUGCUAACACUGCUUGAUGGAAGCAUGGGAUGGAACUGCUGGUGGUGGUGGUGAUGGUGGAGAUUCAUUUGUUUGCAAUUUGCAUGGUGUGCUUGUUAAUUAGUGGGGUGUUCUCUGUUUGUUUCCUUGAAUGAUGUAGCGAAUUGUUUUACAAUACACGGUAUAGUACUACU